UAUCAGUGUGUUGUAAGUUAGUUAUAUUUGAAUAUCCGAAUUUGAUUCAAUGAAAAAUGAACCGCUGGAUAAAUCGUGUCGCUGUUGUUACCGGCGCCAGUUCGGGUAUUGGUGCUGCAUGUUCCAAGGAUCUCGUGGCAAAGGGCAUGGUUGUUGUAGGCUUGGCACGUCGUUUAGAUAAACUUCAACAGCUGAAGGCAGACCUUCCCACUGAGCAGUCAGCUCGUUUUUAUGGCCACCAGUGUGACGUGAGGGUAGAGCAACAGGUAAUCGACUCCUUUGCCUGGAUAGACGAAGCCCUGGGAGGUGCGGAUGUGUUGGUGAAUAACGCAGGCAUUAUACGUCGUGCAUGCAUCACAGACGAGGGCAAUGGGGAAGAUCUGCGAGAUAUUUUAAAUACAAAUGUAUUGGGCGUUAGUUGGUGCACACGACAAGCCUUCAACUCCAUGAACCGUCGCAAAAUAAACGAUGGGCACGUGAUUAUCAUCAAUAGUAUAGCUGGUCACGAAGUACCGAAAGCUCCAGGCUUUAGCUUAAACAUGUAUGCACCAUCUAAACAUGCUAUCACUGCACUCACCGAAGUGCUUCGCCAGGAAUUUCGGAACAAAGGCACCAUGACUAAGAUUACGAGCAUAAGUCCUGGUGUUGUCGAUACUGAAAUCUUUGACUCAAACUCUCCCGAGGUGGUGGCCAAAAUGCCCAUGUUACUUCCCGAGAAUGUGGCCGAUGCUGUCAGCUACUGUAUUCAGACGCCACCCAAUGUGCAGAUCCAUGAGCUAAUUAUCAAGCCCAUAGGAGAACAAUUCUAAGCCGAUG